UAUGAAUUUACGAACAGUUCAAAAGUAUAAUCGCGCGAAGAAAUGUUGACAUAAGAUAUUACGUCGAGGAUAUUUAUCCUUAUUGAUAAGAAUUUGUUUCUUAAACAAAUAAUCAAGAAAAAAGAGAGAGCGAGAGAGAGAGAGAGAGAGAGAGAGAGAGACUUGUUUCAUUUUCUAUUAUUCUUGAAAAAAAAAAAGCAUUCAGUCGUUUGAUUUCAUCGGUUGUGAACGCAUCAAAUAUGAAAUGUAUUCAAGUUGUUUGUAAUACUUCAAAAUGGAAUUAAUACAAAGACAGUUUAAUAAUAAAUUAAAAGAAGUAACUUUUAUGAAUAAUCGUAGAUACCUGUCUAAAAAAAAGUAUUUCAAACUUAUUAGAAAAUAUAAAAUUAUAAAAUCGUGUAGGAAAAGGUCAGCAGCAGAUAAAUGGUUUAUGAAACAUUAUGCAAUAACUCGAAGAAAAGGAAUGGAUAAAUUAAUCCACCCCGAUAAAACAAAUGGAAUGAAAUAUUAUGUGUGUAAUGAAGACUUGUGUCAAACUUUAUUCGAAACACACCGACGUAUUGGUCAUAGUGAUCUCAAUAAAAUGUUCCACGAAUUAAAAAAAAAUUAUGUUAAUAUUAGGAAAGAACAAAUAGCAUGGUUUUUAGAAUGUUGUGAGACUUGCAAGCAGAAGAUCGAUUGUAGGGAAAAAAUCACUGGCAAUUUGACGAUGUUUGAAUAUUUUAAUAAACGAGGUCGAUUUCAUUUGAUUGAUUUUAGAUUACAAAUACGUUCAAUGCAUAAAUAUAUAUUAGUUUAUCAAGAUAUCUCGACAAAAUUUAUAUUAUUACAGGCUAUAAUAUCAAAUCUUGCGAAGGAAGUAUCUUACAUUUUAUUUACAAAUUUUGCUAUAUUUGGUCCACCCUGUGUCAUAGAAUCGGCUCAAAACCGUCAAUAUCAUAUUGAAUUAAUUACAAAUUUAAAAUCUUAUUGGCCACAAUUGAAUAUCGUUUGUGGAAAAAUCAAAUAUGCACAAAACGAAAAAACUAUGGAUGAUAUUUCCAUAGACAUCCAAAAACGUUUAUGUUCGUGGAUGACAGAAAAUAAAACAACAAAUUGGAAUAACUAUUUACCUAUGGUGCAAUUUUUAUUAAAUAAAUCCAAUAAUUGUAUGAAUAACAAAAUUCCCUAUGUAGCCAUGUUUGGUCGUGAAGUAGAAGUUGGGAUUCAAAGUUCUCAAUUACCUGAACCUAUUUUAAACUCUUUGUAUUUGGAAGAAGAUUUGGAGACUAUUGCACAAUAUAAAUUUCAAGUUGAUGAUUCCGAUACCGAAGAAAACUCUGUGCAUAACAUAUACUUUAGUUGUAUAUUAUGCAGAAAGCAUUUUCGAAUGCAUACGGAAAUUAUUGCGGAUGAAUACCUUUGCCAAGAUUGCGAGAUUAAUGAUUGUAAUAUACCACCGACAGAAAGGGAGAAUGAGUCACCUGAUAAUCAAUCUUCUGAUUCAGUUAUUUGCAUUGAUUAAGUAUUUAUAAUUAUUUCAUUUAAACCCAUUUCAAGAAUUCAACUAGAAAGUGGAAAAACCGGUCUAAAUUAUAAGAUAGCCUAAAAUCUUUCUUUUUUUCUUUUUCCAAUUUUGAUAAAUAUAUUACUUGUUGAAACUAUGUA